AUGAUAGACCACGUCUUAGGGAGGCCUUCAACCAAGUUUCGCAAGCUCCAGGUCUUCAUAGUAGUGUUGUUUUGGUCAUCGUAUCUCCUACGAGGCAAUAGGCAUGGCCCUCCAGUUAUUCGCACGCUUUCUGCACGGCUCUCCAGCAAAUUGACCGUCUGGCGGACGACAGUCAUCGUCUUUUUAUGGCUCUAUCUCAGUCGGAAUUUUGCUAAGAUCGUUGGUCUCGAAUGCCCAGAACCUCUGGCCAAUCUCUACUCGCGCUCCUUCUUCCGUGCAACAUGGAUCACCACUGCACUGGAUGCCGGUUUCUGGACUGCGAUGAAAAUAAAACCCAAGUGGCUAAGGGAUAUAGCUUCAUUGGUAUUCACGGUGUACUAUCUGUUUGCGGCGGAGCAAGCAGACGAGAAAGUUCAUCGUUUUCGAGCUACACUCACGGUGGACCACCUUCGAGUAUCAUGGAACAAGGCAACGAGCCCGUAUCUUUGGGUGCUUGCUAGUCUGAUGCGCCCACGACUCACUAAAUAUGCACCGCGCGCGAUCAGGAUUCCGCGUCCUAGACAGUCGGUUUACAAGGAUCCUGUGGCUGCGUGGCUUUAUUUCGACGGACCGCUGAGUGUGUUGCGGGAGCAGACAUGCAUCGUCUUGGAUAUCCCUGGUGGCGGAUUUGUUGCCAUGAAUCCCCGGACGAGCGAAGAUAAACUUCUUGCCUGGGCUGGCAGGACAAAGCUGCCAAUAUUGAGCCUUGAUUACAAAAAGGCCCCUGAAUACCCCUAUCCGUACGCUUUAAAUGAAUGUUUUGACGUUUACCAUACUAUCGUAGCUACUCAGGGUCGCUGUCUUGGGUUAAGUGGGCAUACGCGUCCGCGGAUAGUCCUCACAGGAGAUAGUGCGGGUGGAAACCUCGCUGUUGGCCUGACUUUGAUGGCUCUGCAAUCUGGGGGUACUGGUACACGGAGGUGGCAAGGCGAGGAGCGGCUUCCACGGCCAGAUGGCCUAGUUUUGACUUACCCUGCAUUGAAUGUCAAGGUGGAAAGUUGGAUGACUGAAGAACAACUGGCCUUGAUCCAAGACCGGGGCACCCGGGAAAUGAACCAGAAAGUCAUCGAUGAGAAGAGGGAGUAUUAUUACAAGCUUACUCCCUCAACCACUCCUGGUCCGUCAGACGAAGCACUAGAUGACCUCCAAAAUCGAGGUGACUGUUUCUAUCCAGAUAUACCCGAAUUGGCAGGGGAGCCGUCUGAUGCCAUUUCAAGGAAAUCAAAAUCAAAAGACCUCACCACUCAAACAGCUGCACUGGCCGAGCAUCAACAGAGGCAGAUCCAGACUCGACUGGCCGUCUCCUCAGUGAUGGCGUACACCAAUGACCGCAUCUUGACCCCUGAGAUGAUGAGGGCCAUGAUUAUCCUGUACAUCGGCCCGUUCAACCGUCCAGAUUUCAGCACAGACUUCCUUCUAUCGCCUGUCCUGGCCCCGGAAGCACUGCUGGCUAGGUUUCCCAAGACAUAUUUUUUGACAGGAGAGCGAGAUCCUCUUGUGGAUGAUACUGUCAUAUUCGCCGGCCGACUGCGACAAGCUAAACUGCACCAGUUUCGAGAGAGGCAAGAACUAGGCCUCGAGAAAUCGCAAAAGGUUUUCCAAGAAAAGGACCACGUAGAAGUGUCAUUGAUUCCCGGUAUUUCCCACGGAUUUUUGCAAAUGGCCGGUUUCUUCCCUGAUGCAUGGAAGCAUAUCAAUCGCUGCGCGAAUUGGAUACAGGAUCUAUUCAUUAUGGCAGAAACAAGAAAGUCCUCCUCAGCUCUACUUCUGCGAUCGUCCCAAGGCAGUAUCAUCAAUGGUCAUGUUGACUGGAAAACGAAAUUAGUAUCCGGAAGCAAAUCAGAACUCACAAAUGAGAACUCGCGACAUCACAGUCGAAGCCUAACUGGUGAAUCCUCGGCAGAUGAGGACAGACCUCUAGAAAUGAGUAUUGGGAAGAUGACCCCUCUAUUUUCCAAGGAUGUCAACCAGAAAGAGGACGGAGCUAUUGGCAUGAACAUGAAGGGAAGCGCGGGCUAUCUUGAAAAAACCGAGGCUGAAAGGGAAGCCAAUUCUGAUUGCGCAAUGGUCAAAGACCCUGGAAAACGAGAAGAAAGUACUCCUUCUUUUACUAAUACAGAUAACACAAACGGCAACCGUCCCAGAGCGCUAGCAAGGCGCAGACGUGAGCUGAUAAAUUCCUUAAGACUUUCUUUACUUCGAAGCUCACCCGAGAUAAAUGGUAGUGGUGAUGCUGCCGAUGACGAAGAUGAAGGCGUAGCCAGUCCUACUGCCACACCUGAAGGAAGAAAGAUGGAAUUCCGGAAGAGGAAAGGAAGUCUUAUCAGUCUUCCUAGUGAGGAGGAUUUGCUAGGAAGGAGAAUGAAUGGACUUGCGGGAGGUUUAAACGGGAUUGGAGAGGGAGCAAGGACACCAUGA